CAUACACGUCUUUCAGUCAGUCACAUGGAUGUCCCCGCCAUCAACAUUUUGAGCCUCCUGGCUCACUUACGGAAGGUCAUACUCCAGGAUGCGGUCGUUCUCAUGGAUAUCUCUAGUGAAAACCACUUGUCCAAUUACUCACUUCACGGAAUAUUUAGACACAAAGUGUUUCAAGAUCCGCAAUUCCACUCGUAUCGAUUGGCGCUCAAGGAUGCUAUGGCAAACGCUACAUCCCCGUACUUGGAUAGCCUUAAUGCUAACUCACCUGCUAUCGUGAAUGAACUCCGAGGAGUCAGUACGAAGCUUGGUCAUGACCUUCAGCAUGUACAGGCGUCUAUUGACAAUUUAACUCAAAGGGCAGACGAAAUUUCCUCAAACACGCGAACUCUUAAAGGAGACUUUAUCGAUGAAAGGCAUCGACAGUCGGAAGCGACUGCAUUGGCAGUUUCAGGUGAAUUCAAUCGUUUUGCCGCUAGUAUGCUAAAUAUCAUGAAGCAAGUGGCACAGCAACUUCAAGUUUCUGUGGCGGAAGAGAGUGUGUCACUGGGCCUAACUUCUAACAUGCAACCUGCAAAGGGAUUGGGGUUGGCGUCCAAUCAAUCUCGACUUCAGAAGCAGAAGCCCACCCAGCGGCAGGCCCAGGAACAACAUGGACAAGGGUUAGAACAACAACAGAUGAAUCAGGACAAUAAUCAAGAUCAAGAUCAAGAUCAAAACUACGAGCAAGGUCAGAACAUUCAAGAAUUGAAUCAGCAACAAGAACAGGCUCAGCAAGAGCCAGGGCAGAAACAGCAGGAUGAAGUGGGCCAGGAUAUCCCAUUAGUACAAAAGCGGUUCAAGAAGCUUUGGACGGAUAGCAGAAUUAAAGAAAUACAAAACCUUGAAAACUCGCUUGCAACGCCUCAAAUGGAGGUCACUAUUGAUAAAUAUGACAUGCUCCAUCAAAAACAUUCUCUCCGAGAGCAUUGGAAUGAAUGGUUUUAUGGGCACAAUGACUAUCCUUCUAUCUGGCGGCUUAAUAAGUUCAAAGGCGGGUCUUGGAGGGCUUCCAAUUCGGCUAGACGAUACAAGUUUAAGAAAGACGUGAUAUAUUCGAUUCUCGAUAGGAUGCUCACCAUGGAAGGUGAAUUACGUGAUCGAGAGAGAGUUGCUUUAAAUGAAGUUGAGCAGCUCUUGGUAUCCUCGUCUUUGAAUAAGUAUUACAACGAUCUUCAUAGUUAGGAUUAUAGUGCAACCUUCGGUUAGAAUUAUAGAAUUAAAGCGCAU